AUGACAGCGGAGGAAACCAAAAAUGAUGACCAAGAAGAAGCCAGAUAUUGUGCUUCUCCUGUGUGUGGUAAGAAGACGACAUCUAACCUAAAGUGCCCGAUUUGUCUGAAAAACGGUGCCAAACAAUAUUUCUGCAGCUCUAAAUGCUUCAGAGAAUCCUGGCAUCUACAUAAAGCUUAUCAUCCUAAAGAGGAUGCAGAAUCAUACAACCCAUUUCCAGAAUUUGAAUUCAGUGGUGAUAUUAAACCUGCUUAUCCCCUCACCAUCGAGCCUCAAGUUCCCGAAUCUAUCCAAAGACCUGACUAUUCACGUGAUGGACGACCAGUCUCGGAAAUAAAAAAUGACAAAACAAACAAAGUCAGAGUAUUAUCAUCUGAGGAGAUUGAAAAGAUGAGAGUUGUGUGUAAAUUGGGCAGGGAAGUGUUGGAUGCAGCAGCUGCAGCUGUUAGACCUGGGAUCACCACAGAAGAUCUCGAUAAGAUCAUUUAUAAGGAGGCUAUCAAGAGGGAAGCUUAUCCUUCACCUCUUAACUAUUUCAACUAUCCCAAAUCGGUGUGUACGUCUGUCAACGAGGUGAUUUGUCAUGGUAUCCCCGAUAAAACCGUUCUAAAGGACGGUGAUAUUGUCAAUUUAGACGUCACCAUUUACAAGUUUGGUUUACACGCUGAUUUGAACGAGACUUACUAUGUUGGUGAGAAGGCCAAGCAGAACAAGGAGCUCGUUAAUUUGGUGGAAACCACUCGUGAGGCCACUAUGAAAGCUAUUUCUACUGUUAGGCCGGGCAUUCCGUUUAGACACUUUGGUGAUUUGAUUGAAGCGCAUGCAAAGAAGCACAAUGUUUCUGUUGUGAGAACAUACUGCGGUCAUGGAAUCAAUAACCUGUUUCAUUGUCAGCCUGAUAUCUUGCAUUAUGCCAGAAAUAAGAGCGUUGGAACGUGUAAGGCCGGUAUCUGCUUUACCAUCGAACCCAUGUUGAAUAUGGGCACCUACAGAGAUAUAAUGUGGCCAGAUAACUGGACUGCCGCAACCUCUGAUGGUAAGCCAAGUGCCCAGUUCGAGCACACUUUACUUGUUACCGAGGAUGGAGUAGAGAUUCUUACAGCUAGGAACAUGCAUUCUCCUGGCGGACCAAUUAAGAGAUUGCCGUAG